AUGUUAGAUACUACUGUUGAAAUUCUUAAAAGAGGCACCUGUCCAGGUGGUAACGAUUAUAAUGGUUCUAUGGGAGCUCGUAUCUCAUCUGUAUUUGUUAUUUUCGCUACUUCUUCUUUUGGUGCUUUUUUCCCAAUUUUAUCUUCAAGAUAUUCAUUUAUUAGAUUACCAAGUUGGUGUUUCUUUAUUGCUAAAUAUUUCGGUUCUGGUGUUAUUGUCGCUACUGCCUUUAUUCAUUUAUUACAACCUGCUAAUCAAGCUUUAUCGGAAGAAUGUUUAGGUCCUGCUUUCCAAGAAUAUCCUUAUUCAUUUGCUAUUUGUCUUUUCAGUCUUUUUGCUCUUUUCUUCUUUGAAUUAGUUGCUUAUAGACUUAUUGACAAAAGACUUGAAGGUUCAGGUCAAUCACAUUCUCAUUUCGGUGAUGAAUCAGUGUUUGUUAAAAAGGCUGCUGAAUCUGAUUCUGAAGAUGCUGCUAUUAAACAUGAAAAGGAAGAUGAAGAUGAUGAAGAUGGUAAAGUUUCUAAUUCAAAAGAAUUCCAAAAACUUUAUCCUGAACAUUUCUCUCAUGCUCAUGAUCAUCAAGAUCCUGAAGCUCUUGGAACUCCAGUUGAAGAUCAAGAUAAAGAACAAUAUUAUGGUCAAUUAUUAAAUGUUUUCGUAUUAGAAUUUGGUAUUAUCUUCCAUUCUGUUUUCGUUGGUCUUACUUUAGCUGUUGCCGGUGAUGAAUUUGCUACUUUAUAUGUCGUGUUAGUUUUCCAUCAAAUGUUUGAAGGUUUAGGUUUAGGUACUAGAAUUGCUACUACUUAUUGGCCAAAAGAUAAGAAAUGGACUCCAUGGUUAUUAGCUGCUGCUUAUGGUCUCACUACUCCAAUCUCAAUUGCUAUUGGUUUAGGAGUUAGAGAAAGUUAUCCACCAAAUUCAACCACUGCAACCAUUACUAAUGGGGUAUUUGAUUCUAUUUCAGCUGGUAUUUUAAUCUAUACUGGUAUUGUUGAAUUAAUGGCUCAUGAAUUCUUAUUCUCCAAUGAAUUUAAAGGUAAAACUGGUUUCAGAAAGAUGCUUUGGGCUUAUUUCAUUAUGUGUUGGGGUACUGGAUUAAUGGCUUUAUUAGGUAAAUGGGCCUAA